AUGGCUGCGCUGAGGCAGGAGCAUCGGUAUGGACUCUCCUGUGGAAAAAAUAACAAAAACAUUCCCAAUAAGACUAUUUAUCACGUCAAACUAACCGACACUGCCAUUAGAACAUUGGAAGCCUACCAAAAUCUCAAGGGAUCCUUACCAAAUCAGCCAGCAAUUUGCUUCAAGGGGAACCAGGGGUACGUCAAAAUUCCCGCUGGUACUCCAGAGGCACCCGAUGCACUGCGUGUCUUCUCCUUCUACCUGUCCAGCGACAGCAAGGACAAACCUCAGGCCAGCUUUGACUGCAUACACCAGUAUGGCUCGGGGGACGGCUGGGAGCAUCUGGAGAGCCAGGGCAGCAUCCAGGACAAGAUCACGGUGUGCGCCACGGACGACUCCUACCAGAUGACCCGCGAGCGCAUGUCCCAGGUGGAGAAAGACAUCAUGAGCAGGUCGGCCAUCGAGAUCAAGCCGGGCUCAGGCACCAAUCUCAGUAAAUGUGUGAAGAUCAAGAGAAAGCAAGGCCUGCCCCCAUCUGCAGACAGCAUGAACAAACACUCGCCCAGCAACAAGAGGAGCGGGGCCCCCAGCCCUGUGGCCCAUCGGCCCCUGAGGGACCGCGUGAUUCACGUGCUGGCCUUAAAGCCCUACAGGAAGGCUGAGCUGCUGCUGUGGCUGGACAAGGAGAGGGCCAACCCCAAGGACAAGGCCGACCUCAGCGUCGUGCUGGACGAGGUGGCAAAACUCAACCCCAAAGAGCACAGCUUCACCCUGAAGGAUGAGUUCUACCGGCAGGUCCAGAGAGACUGGCCAGGCUAUCUGGAGGAGGAGAGGCAACUCAUACACAGACUGCUCACCAGAAAGCUGCAGCCCCUGGGUCCUGGCCAGACGAGGAGUUUACAGUCCAGCCAUUCAUUCCACAAAACCCCUGGGGAUUCUCCAUCCCAGCUCAGUCCAGUCAAGAAUCCCUCUGUGAAACGCCCAGUGCCUUCCGACAACUCACAAAGCCCGACUCCCAAGAAGCCACGGUUACUAGACACGAGUUUGCCCCUCCAAUCACCUUCCAAUGGACAUCUGAGCUCCUCGAUGGGCCGAGCCUCCAUAGGCCCGAGGAACAGCAGUUUACCGAUGAAACUGGACUUCGACCGAACGAGCAGUAGCAUUCAGGACGGUCAAAACGGCCUCUACCCACGGCUCAACCAUGGCCACGGCGAGCCGGACGUCGCUGCCAAGCCCGAGCGGCUGCAGCCCGACCUCCCCGCGGCGAGUAGCCCCAAACCCCGGCGGACUGACCCCCCAGUACGGACUGACCUCCCAGUAUGCACUGAGCAGCCGCUAGCCAACGGCCAGCACAAGAAGAAGAAGUCCAAGAAGCACAAGGACAAAGAGCGAGAGCACUUAAAAACGGAGUGGGUGGAAACCAGCCCGGAUCUGAAACACCAUCAGGAGAAUCUCAAUGAUCAUGAAAUGGCCAACACACCUGUCAGCCAAGGCUCUCCCGAGGACAUCCCUGACUAUUUAAUAAAAUACAUCACUAUAACUGGUGGUGAUCAACGUCAACAGUAUAAAGAGGACUUCUGUGCUGAGUAUGAUGAAUACAGGGACCUGCACGACCGGAUCGGCAAGGUUACGGAGAUGUUCAUUCAGCUGGGCUCCAAGAUUAAGACCCUCUCACCUGGCACGCAAGAGUAUAAGGUAAUGGAAGAACAAAUACUCCAGAAGUAUAAAAGGUAUAAGAAGAAGUUUCCGGAGUACCGGGAAGAGAAGAAGCAUUGCGAAUAUCUCCAUCAGAAACUGUCGCACAUCAAAGGCCUCAUCUUGGACUAUGACCGGUCCCAGACCCCCUCGUAGCGACGGCUUCUCCUCACUUCUCUAUGAGUAGCAGGACAGACCAAAAGACUCUCCCCGAGGAACCGCCCAGAACUGAAGUCCGGCCUCUGGCUCUGCCUAGUCCCAGAAAAUGCUUUCUCACUUUACUUCUCUCGAGGAAGACACAGAAAGAAAGACAGAAACUGGAAAAAAAGGAGGAAAACAAGCCUGCGGGCGCAAGGAAAACCAGAGGAGUAAACACUCAAGUUGGCCUAGACCACCAACUAGUGACAGUGCCCUUUAAUGUCUGUUGUUAUAUGUUCACCAGAGCGAGAAAGAGAGGGAAAGAGAGAGAGAGAGUGUGUGUGAGUGUUGACGUGGACAGGGAUUUGUGGUGUUCUAUAUAUUGUGAGACACAAUUAAAAAGCCAAAAUCCUUUUUUAUUUCUCUUGCUCUCUCUCUCUCUGAAAUGAAAUGGGGGCAUAAAGCUUCUGACGCCUCUACUUAUUUUGGUAUGUGGCCAAGACAUCAGAAUGGAGCCGCCAUGGUGUUCAAUGGUACAAUCAUAAAGACAGGAUGGGUUAAGAGAAUCUUAAUACCCAGUCUUCUGUUUGCUCGGUAAUUGAGCACUAAAUACAGUGUCUAUUUUGCUAUAUUACUGAAUGUACAUUUGUAAAAAAAGAAAAAGAAAAAAAAUACAUGAGAUCACAACAUAUAUAAAAAGAUGGGUUUAAAUCACUGGAUAUAAUAAGGGAAAGCUGAGAGAUAUACUAUACUGUGGGUAUCUAUGGAAGAUGUGCUGGUGAUUUUGACACGUGUUCAUUUACUCACCUGGCCCUGUUGAUAUUGCCUCUGGUAGGAAGCCUCUCACUGCCUCCUCAUCCACUAACUAAUUUGCAUCAAUGUCAGCCCACUGCUCGAGUGUUUCGGGGAAACCAAAAUGAGGAUGAGGAGGGCUAGUGGCCUCUUCUGUCCUCGUCCGAGUGAAGCAGUUGACUCUUUGGACAUUUGUCCAAGAGCAAGGCGCUUCUAACCGUAGGAUUCAUGAGGGCAGCAGAGGCCAUCCUUCCUACACCACUGUAGCAGGAGGCUUAGUCUCCAACCACUACAGCACAAUGGUGUCCUUAUUGCCAUAAUAAUAAUGGUAAUUAUUACAUGUAUUUUUAUUAUUAUUAUUAUUAUUAUUAUUAUUAUCAUUGGACACUGAGCAUACACACAGCAGACACAAUCAUGUUCUGAAAGCACAUUUAGUUUGUUUUUGUAUGUUCUCAUGAAUUUUUUCUGAAGACUAUACAUUUGUUUAGAUGAGCCGUGUUUUUAUUUGUUUGUUUGUUUAUAUGUAUGUAUGUUCCCCUCCUUUCAACUCUCAGUGUAAAUGUUUUGUUCCUGUGCAAAUGUCUUAUUUUCAUCAUUCCACUUGGAGUCCUCCCAAAGGUUACCUACCCUAACAAUGCAAUUGCCUUUGACCCACGUAGUGUCUAAUGAUAAGGUUCAACUGAUUGUGCAUCACUUUCUAGAAUGUUCUCGCCUCAUGUCAUGUGAGGAACAAUGUACCAAGCAGUUAUCAAAGGAUGACAUGUUCUCAGUCUCCUUUCUUUUGGCUUGGGGUCUGCUGUGUUCUGAAUUGAUGUGCAGUUGAAAGACCAAACAAUGAGACUUUGAAGCAAGGCUCAUAUGGCCUGUCUCAAUUCUUUCAAACAGUCACAGUUUGUCAACACUUGUCAACACUUAAAUUUACAGUGUCUUGAGCUUGCAUCACAUUGCUGUGCCCAUGACCUUGUGUGCAUUGUUUUAAUGAAAAGUAUUUUGUGUCAUUCUUGCGCUUUAAAGUUUCUCCUCUGGAGAGUGCUGAACUGUUAAGUAUUUCAUUCAGUGUUAGUUGAAUUCUCAAUCAGAAUUUGGUUCCGAGCAAGAAAACUCAUAGAUUUGCCAAAUUAGGAUAGUUAUUUUUUAUCGUACGUUUGAUGUUUCAUUCCUACAUGGGGCUACUUCAUGUUUUGUUGUAGAUGCCUUAAAUAAACUGGACCGCAUUA